GAUAUCUAUCCGUAUCUACCACUAGAAAUUGAUUACAAUAAUUUCAAUCGUUUUUAAAAAUUUCGCACUAUUUUCUUACCACAUUGGCACAUUUUUAAUUAGUUAUCUGUGGUCAGUUGAGACGAUUCGUCAAUGAAAGACAGAAGCAGAAGUGACGGAUCGGAUUAUCAAGAAAAUCAUAGAAAAUGAGAACAGUAUUGGGAUUGGUCGAGUGGGGAAGGUUAUCAUUAUUUUGUUUGUGUGAUUCAUUAUUGAGUAAUUUUGUACUAUUUUCUGGUUUCGAGACUUUGAUUAAGUGAAUAAGCUUUAUAAAGACAGGCGAUGCAAUGUUUGUUUUGUACAAACGAAGUUAGUGAUGCAAAUGGACUGGUUAAAGAGCUUUUGUGUAAAAAAAAUAGUGUGACUGUGCUGUACGGGGCUUAGAAGUGAGUUCCAACAUCAUGCCUUUCGAUUUUUUGUGUUGUGUAAGGCCCGGCGUCGAAGAUAUAGUGGAAUUGGAUUACUCGCAUCAGUCACUCGUUGACUUUCCUACAGAAGUGUUUGUGUACGAAAGGACGCUCGAGACUCUACUAUGCCAAAGCAAUCGUGUUACAGAACUUCCACGACAACUGUUCAUGUGCCAUGGCUUAAAGUAUUUAGAUCUUAGUGAUAAUGAAGUGUCAGGGCUACCUGCAGCCAUAUCCUCGCUAGUGAAUCUUCAACACCUCAACAUCAGCAGAAACACAUUAACAUCAAUACCAGAGAACAUGAAAGCACUUAAGUAUCUAGCAUUCUUAGAUCUUAGUGUAAACCCCUUGGAAAAGCUUCCCGAUGCCAUCACAAACCUUACUGCUUUACAGGAAUUAUAUUUAAAUGACACAUACCUGGAGUACCUUCCAGGAAAUUUUGGACGACUUGCGAAUUUGCGAAUACUUGAAUUAAGAGACAAUUACUUAAUGAUUUUACCCAAGUCACUGUCUCGUUCAACCGAAUUGCAGAGACUAGAUAUAGGACAAAAUGAUUUUCAACAGUUUCCUGAAGUUAUUGGAAGGUUUGUGAAGCUGAAAGAAUUGUGGAUAGAUAAUAAUAGUCUGACAUGCAUCACAUCUGUAAUAAAGCCUUUGGAAAACCUGAUACACUUGGAGGCAAGCAAUAAUAUGAUAGAAGAAAUUGCUCCAGAGAUUGGAUAUUGCACUGCAUUAGUAGAUGUGACAUUGUCACUAAAUAUUUUGACUCAGCUUCCAGAAACCAUUGGCCAAUUAUGCAACCUAACUACUUUAAAACUAGAUAAUAAUAGAUUAUAUUCAAUACCGGAUAGCAUAGGACAACUGACAAACCUUGAAGAAUUAAUGCUUAUGUGCAAUUACCUUGAUAAAAUACCAUCUUCUAUUGGAUUGUUAAGAAAACUGAAAUACCUGAACAUAGAUGAUAAUAUGUUAGCAGCAAUUCCUCCUGAGAUAGGGAGUUGUAUCAAACUAUCAGUGCUCUCAUUAAGAGCAAAUAAACUGACCAGAGUUCCCCCGGAAAUAGGUCACUUAACUUCUUUAAGAGUGUUGAACUUAGUAAGAAACUCAUUAAGUUGUCUUCCUCAAUCUUUGUUGAAUUGUGAUAAUUUAGUAGCCCUCUGGCUAUCAGAAAACCAAAGCAAACCUUUAGUGCCUAUGCAUUCUGAAGUAGACCCUCACACAUAUGAACAAGUCCUCACUUGUUUCCUCUUCCCCCAAGUGCCUUUAACUCCUAUUGAAAUGAAAGCAGACAAUGACAAACCUGAAAAUGUUGAAGCAAAUGCUUCUGCCCGCCACAUCAGCUUUGUAGACAUGAAAACUGCUCCUAAGGUAACUGAAAAACCAGGACAGCUAAGAAGAGCUCCAACACCUUAUCCUAAGGAAUUAAGAGCAUUAGCAAAGCAUGCUAGGAACAUACAUAAGGAUGGUGCACAAGAUGUUUCACCUCCUAUGCAAAAUGCGGUUCACAUAAAAGCCGCCAAAAUUACGCCCACACUGCAACAGAGAUUUGCAUCUGAUAAUAAAAUUGAAACUCCUGGAAAGCCUACUUUAGCAGGGACAAACAAGGAUGCUAUGAAAACCUCUAUUUACGACAAUCUUCCUGCUGAGAAUGCUUAUGAUAAACCAUUAGACCUUCCAUAUGAGCAGGAUAAGACUUACAAAAGUGUAGAUCAUGCCCUGUAUGCAGAAAAUACUGGAACAGGCAAUAAUGAUUUCAAAACGGAGAGUGCUGAUAACUAUCAUCUGCCACAAAGACAGUAUUGUCCCAAGCAGACAGACAAAUAUGGUUCAAGACAAGAUAUGGAUAGAGUUAAUGUUCCUAUGCCCCCAAAUAUCUAUAGAGGUCAUAUUGAGCACAAAAGCUUUCCAUUGCCUAAUGAUACAAACUAUCGAGCUGGUUUAGAUGAUUCUCACUCCAGGUUGCAAAGAUUGAGUCUAAGUUCUCAAGAAAGGCAAUCAAAUAACGAAACUAUCCUGUCCCCUCAUUUUAAUGAAAAUACGUACAGUAGUAGAAGUAUGAUAGAAAAUGUUCCUCCAUUUGAUCCUAUUUAUGCAAGGAAGGACCAUAUCUGCCACUCAGUAUCAGAAAACAAUUACCAUGAAAGUAUAUAUGACAGUGAAAAUUGUGCGCGUGCCAAAGAUAAAUUUUAUGGCCAGCGGAAUUAUGACGCCUAUAAUUACCAUUCACACGGCAAUCGUGAUAUGCCAAGCCCUAGAGUACACACUGUUAGUCAAGUGGUCAGUUCUACAACUAUGCCAAAUCUAAGCACUUAUAAUAAUGUUUAUCCUGGUUCUUUAGUCGAAGGUCGGAAUUAUUCACCAUCCCUUCAUCAGGCACCGUCUCCAAAUGCCAAUAUUUAUGGCAUACCGGCGUCAAGUCCUACGUACAUAUCUACACAAUCUCCGGAGCUGUACUCGCCGACUGGGCACACCAACACGACUAAUCCAUACCGCAUGGCGACUACACCAUUAAUAUCUGACGAUGGAAGCUACAGUCAUGUUCAUUCUCCGACUAGCCAAAAUAUGUACGACUUAUAUGAUGCCAUACCAGCUACAUCUAAUCCUCCGAGUGUGGUUAACCACCGGCACAGUCCGAGCAUUUCUGAGCCAGUUUACGGGCGAGGUCAGCCUCCGCCUUAUCACAUUGCAGCGCCGUACACGAAACACGCACAGUAUUUCAAUGGAACAGGUGGAUAGUGGCGACUUCCACACCCCAAACCGCGAGGUUUACUAAAGACACAUUCUUGUGAACGUUACUAGUACUUAUCUACGUAAAAUGGUGAUUUUAUUUCUUGAUUUUGUACGUUGGAAUUUCUGUUCUAUGCAUGUGCAAUUUAAAUGUGAUAUAAUAUGUAAUGUUGUAGUAGAACUAUAUUUAAGGUGCUAAGGGAUGGAUCAUAUUUGUUGUUGGAAUAUCAUUCAAAGGAAUAUUACUAUUUUUUAAAAAAAGGUUGAAUUUAUUCAAGUAUGAAUUGAAAUAUUGCCUGUCUUUUUACUAGUUAUGGGUUUUCAUAUUAAUGAACCACGCGUAAAGGAUGCGGUAGGUACUUAUUAAGUACGAUUUGUAACAACUAUGUUGAUUAAUAAAAUCUAUUGUACGUAAUAAUAAUCGUAAAAGAAAGAACACUUAUGUGUUAAUUAAUACAAAUUCGAAUUUGUAAUUAUAGCCUGAUCGGAGAGUAUAUGUGUGAGUUAAAACUAAGAAAUUAAAUUAUCCACUGCACAAGUGGGAGGUGCUAUGCCCUAACUAUUCGAGGGCCUAGUUUCCAAGUAGGCUACUGUUAAACAUUGUAUGUUCAUAUCUACGUAUGUUUUUGAUAACUCGGUAUUUAAAUGCUAUGAUAUAUAUUUUUGUAAUUAUGUGAUACUUGGGAAUUUACGGUUAAUAUAUUUAUUUUUAAUGUUAAGUUGACGACAUAAACCUUUCUCAACCACUUAUUAAGCAGAUUUAGUUAAUAAAGUUCGAAAGAAAAAUCUUCGUGGUUGCGUAGGAUUUUUGUGAAUCGUAUGAAACAUAAAGUGUAUUAUUAUUCUACUAAUCUCUUCUUAUCUCAGACCAAAUCUCGGCUACAUCUCUAUUUAUUUUAAUAUUAUUGUUUUACUCUUACGGAUAUUAUGUAAACCUUUUUAUAUUCGUAAGGCAGCUUAGUUGGUUGUAUUGUCCGUGAAUUGUCGCCUGCUCAUGGCUCACAAAACAUCGGGUCCUCUGGUGCACUGACCUCUAAUCUGUAAGAAGUCCGCUAACUGGAUAGCUGCUCAAUAAUGAUACAUAUCUUGGUAUUUCACAUAUAAUCGUCUUUGCUAAUACGCAAUACUUCGCUCGAUUUUUUGCAUUAAAACGUAACUCAAAACGAAAGUACGUAAAUGCGGUUCUUACUCGCGCUGGCCAAACUUUUUAUGACUUUAUAUACUUUUACAGCUUUAAGAAUUCAAUAUUUUUUAUAUUCCUACACUUAUACUUGCCUACAGAUAUAUAAAGUUCGUUUAAAUUCGUUAAUAUUCUUAACCGCAAUGUUGUGAUGUAAAGUAUGGAGAUAGUGUGUGAAUGUGUGCUCUGAUAAUCAAAGCGUUUGGUUUCUCGAAAUCUAUCAUUUUUACCACUGGAUAACCGACAAAGUUUUUUAAUUACGGAAAAUAUUCUGUUCCAUGUGUCAUACGUAAUCUAUAAACCCAAAUUAACGGGCAUUGUGUAUAAUAUUGUUAUAAUAAGAGCUGUCAGGAGUUACACAAAUCCCGUGAGAAACUGAAUGCCGCCUAAAGAGUUGGGUAAACGGAUGGGAAUUCAUUCCUAUUCCAGUCCCGGUUUGAGCUUUUCGAACGUGACUUCUAUUUCGAAACAUUUUUUUCCCUCCGUCCAAAAAAAAAAGCGGCUGACGUAAUGGAAAAGGAAGACGUAAAGGAGUUUUACUGAUUGGACGAUAUUUCUAUUUUCCUAUCUGCUUUUUGUACUUCUAUUCUCAACAAUGACGUCCCCGCUUAAAUUGCAAUCUCAAAAGUGUUGCUUUUAAACUUCCAAUAGUUUCAUAUUUUUGUAUUUCAGACAGUUUUAUAUUUUUCUAUUAUUUUUAAUAAUAUUCACGAACAAUGUUAUUAUGAUUGCUUUAACAAACAUUUACGUGUGACUGACUAACACAAGCAUUUCUCUCAUUAUAAAGCAUUUCAUUUUUAAGUACGUAAGUUAUAGACCUCUAAUAACUAAAUCAAUAUUUGUUCAUUUGGAAUUAACCAACAUUUUGUUACUUCUCAUUGAUGUUAUAACUUAAUUUGUAGAUUGCCUACGGCAAUUCGUCUGAAGUAUCUGUUUAGAGCAGUAGUUGUUUUCUUGGGUAUUUUUUGUAAUAUUUCAGUAGUAUAUCUUUGUUCAAUUAAAAUUCAGUACCUGUGAAUAAUAUUUUGUAUAUCUAAAUGAAAACUAAAAAUACACAUAAUCCUUAAUAUGAUAGCUCUCUACUAUUAGCUAAUAAAACUAAUAUUAUAAUAAUGCAUAUAAUUAUGUGUACGACUACUAGAGAGAAAUAGAAAUAGAUAACGCAUUUGAAUCAAUGGCAUUCAUCCGUAGUAAAACGACAAACCGAAUAUUAGUGAUUUGUAGUACUUGGUACAAUUAAUAGUACAUUCGAACAUUUCAUAUUAGUAAAUUUAUUAUACGAAAAAGAUGUUAGUUUAGCUAAUAAGUUGCACAUGUACACUGAGAAUGCAUUUGUUGAAUAAAUGUGUACCUAUUACAUAAUAAAUAGAUAGAUAGAUACAUUGUAUAGUCAGUGUUCCUUAUAAUGUACGUUGCACGUAAUUCUAAAAUUAGUACACCUGUGUCAUAUUUUUGUUGGAUUAUAUUACAAUUAAUUGAUAAUGUUAUUAAGUAAUAUUUUAAUUUUAAAUUCUAUAUUAAUGCAUUAUUUAAACAUUUAUUGUAAUAAAUAAACUUGGAGUAAAGAUCCAGUUACGUUUUUGUACGAUGUCGCUCUAUGACGUGUAAAACCCAUGAUAUGCGAUGAUAUGUAUAUAUAAUAAGGACCCAUUGGUCCUCAAGAUGUGUAAUUUCUAUGAACCGAGCCAAUUUCAUGUGUAUAAUUUAUUUUAAUAUUUAUUUACACUUAAAAUAAUACAGAGUAUACUGCCAGUUUCCUAUCA